GUUAAUUACUUCCGUGAAUGUGCACGUGAAAAUAGUUGACAUUGCGCGGCUCUUUGGUGAUGAGGCUGAGUUGAGGAAAGCAUUUAUUUUAUUUGCUUGUGAGUGACCAUGACGUCCGUCUGUGCUCAACUGUGUCUGAGAGGCAGAAGUUCUGUUUGCUCCAAGGCAGUGACGAGCACCUGGACGUGUUACGCUCAAGUUCGACGUACAACGACAAGGGUCCCAUUCACCAGGGAGAAUCACACAACAGCUCAGGGGAGGCUGAGGUGGAAACAACAAAUGCGCUACUGCAGUGACUUGACUGCAAAAUAUCUGACAACUGAGGCUAAGGAAGACAACGACAAAGAAAAGUUAUCAACAACUGAUGUUAUUGUGCACAAGUCCCCCCUGUUACCAACCAAAGAUGCUUUGCCACCGACUGAAAAUCAGAUGCCAUUCGAUUUGGAUGCUGCCACGCAAUUGUCAGCGUUGGAGGAGAUCAGUGAUGAAGAGGCUCUCAGUAUAUUCCCUCCUUCUGCCAUUCCCCCAGCCUCCACUUCUCUAAGAGACUAUGUUGACAGUUCUGAGACCCUUAGCAAGCUGGUGCAACUAGGUGUAAAUCUGUGGAAGCUGGAACAAAUGCCCAAUGUCGGCUCCAUGCUACUGAGACUCGACUUCAACACAGAUGUGGCCCCAAGGCUUCUCUUUCUGAAAGAGAUUGGGGUGGAAGACUCUCAUCUUGGCUAUAUCAUCACACGCAACCCCUUCAUUCUUACCGAGGAUCUGAACAAUCUACGUGCCAGGGUAAACUACCUCAAAUCAAAGAUGUUCAGUUCUGAGACUGUUGCAUCUAUGGUGUCCAGAGCUCCCUUUCUUCUCAACUUCAGUGUUAAGAGGCUGGACAACAGACUGGGUUUUUAUCAGCAACAGCUCAGCCUCAGUGCUUCCAAUACGCGAAACAUUGUAGCUCGUCUUCCCAGGUUACUGUGUGGAAGCUUGGAGCCGGUGAAAGAAAAUUUGAAGGUGUGUGAAAUAGAGUUUGGCUUUAAGAAAAAUGAGAUCCAACACAUAGCUAUUGCCGUCCCCAAAGUGCUGACCGCCAAUAAAAGGAAACUAACCCAGAUAUUUGACUACCUCCACAACACCAUGAAGGUACCCCACUACCUGAUCACCAAGUUCCCACAGGUCCUCAAUUCUAAGUACUUGCGUCUCAGAGAGCGACACCUGUUCCUCGAGUACCUUGGAAAAGCUCAGUACGACCCGACCCUGCCCAACUACAUCUCCCUGGACCGCUUGGUGUCUUUGCCGGAUGAGACUUUUUGCACUGAGUUGGCUUCGGCCACAUUGGAAGAUUUUUAUAUGUUCCAAAAGACACUUUGAUUCUUCAUGAGGGGUCAUUAAAAGGGACUUAUGAAAACAAAUGGUCAGGUGUCAGGCACCUGCAUAUAUGAAAAUUCAAACAUACAAUAUUAGAACAAUGCUUUAUGAAUGUGAUGUUUAAUAAAGGUACACAGUGUAUGU